AUGCGAGCAGAUGUGUGCACAUGGCACAACUCGGGCAAGGGCAUUCCCACAAGUGUCCAAAGGAACAUUGUGGGCUAUCUACCGCCGCUCCUUGCAAGAGCUAUCUGCCGAGAGUGGUGGGAGAAGAUCGAACAUGACUGGGCGACAUUGCGUGCAUUGAGGGAGAUCCUGGAGUCCUUGGAAGGUGCUGAUGAGUCUCCCCUCAUCUGCUGCCCGCGUCCUGCGGAAAACUCUACGGUGCGGGAGUGGGCCGUCAAGAAUUUCGAGUGGCAAGAAGGCACUUGCUUUGUUCCACUGUUUGAGCUCAACGGUGACACAUUGCAAGCUGUCACUGACCUCUGGGAACCUCCGCAUCAGCAUCACUUUGUUAGAAUUAUGGCAAUCAGCUCUCUCGACAAGCUGCGCGCAUGGAUACAGGAGUCGGCGGAGUUGCUCAGCGAUGGACGCCAGGAGCUGUCUCUGGUGCUGCGAUUGUUGAUGCACAGAGGCAUGUCGUUCACAGAGGUCUAUACCGAGUGCAGUCCAGGUCCUCAUUCGACAUACCGAUAUGCAGCACAAGUCGCGGCAUUGCUUUGGCAGUGCAAGUCAUGA